GAUUGUGUGUUUCUCUGGAUUUGCUGUUGUCUCGGUCCGAGCGACUGGAAGGCUGGUCGGCUAGCACAACAUUGAGGUCCUUGGAGUUAUUGUUCAUUUUUCAAUGUUACCACCGCGGUAUCCGUGUGUAUACGGUACAGUAAUAUGCGCGAGGGCGAGUGAGUGCGACAGAUCAUAAGGUUUGUGUGAAUCCUCCUGAAAUAAGGACUUUGGAUAAGAAGGAAUAGGAGCGGCUGACGCUAUUAGGGUUAGCCUCGCUGUUUGUAUUGGAAAGUGGCGUUCAAGUGCCAUCGGAACUCCUAGCUUCUUCGCAUCUCGUCAUGAAGAAAGAGGAUGUAUUUGGAUCGAUUUUGAAUCCAGAAUUUCUCAUCCUGGUCCUGUUUGGAGUCAGAGUUUGCGUAAAUUAUUGGAAAUAUCUGCAAUGACGAUAACGAGUGGCUUAUGUCGUGAAUCUAGGUUAAACCCAAGCACAGAUACAAGGAAACUACCUCAAGACAAUUCCACCGCCUCCAAGUCAUGUAGCCUUCCCAGUUGAAUCGAUUACAGAAUAUCAAGCAGAUAAAUCUCAAGAGACGAAACGCUCUUCAAAUUAGCCUACACUUUUUUGCUUGAGGAGUGAAUUUGCUCCAAAAUUGAUUUGUUUGCUGGCAGACUGGCAGAAUUGCUGGCAGAAUUGCCGACAGGUUUCCAAAAAAUUGGCUCGUGUAACAAACAACGCAUUUAAGGUGGGAACGAAGAUUCCUCUUUGCCAGGUUGACGCAAGGAAAACUGACAUAUUAGACAUAUUUUUGUACGGAAUCUCCCUGCUUCUGAAAUUCGCGAAUAUCUCCGCCCAACUCAUCCGCUGGCUUUCUAUCAGUUUUCACUGUGCGACCAUCCCUGUUUCGUAUGCCCUCACUGAUGAGGACGAUCAUUAACACGUCGAACGUAUUAACGAUCGGGCUAUAAUAAGACCACUUUGGCUAUGUAAUCGCUGACCACAGGAGACAUUUCAUAGUUGGUGAAAACCGGGAUAUUUUAGCUCCCCAACAGCCUUUUGUCGUGAGUCGGGACACGCAACUCAUAACCGGGACGUCUGGUCACCUUCAAUUAAUUCCGCCCUCCCACUUUGUUGUCGAAGCUUUGGAUACUCUUCGAUCGAGAGGAAUACAUAAUCACUGCUCUUCUUUCAAAAUAGUGGACUGUAUAGAAGGGCUAUAAGCAGAAGCCGCACAUUGAAAUCGGUCUUUAAAAAAUGUGGACUUACGGACUUGGGCUCAUAUUACCCGGAAUGAGGCCAAACUUCUCUCCACCUAUCUGCGGAACAUAACCGACGCCCGUGUCCUUGAAGAGAACUGACCACUGCGAAAAGAUGGCGACAGAAAGCCAACCCCUUCAUGGAGAACUGUUUGUCCACCCGCUCUCCAACCCCCAAGCCUCGGGGAUAUGCCCGGAGAUGCUGGAGGUGGCCGAAGUGGCCAACCUGGCCGGGGACUUCAGCCUUGCCGUGGAGAUCUACAGCUCCCAGCUCGCUGACCUCCAGCAGCCCGACCGGGGCCUCUGUCUGCGGAAGGCCGACUCCCUGGCCCGGGCCGGGCGCGUCUCCGAAGCGCUAGACUCUUAUUGCACGUCGGCAAACCUGGAGAAGCUGCGCCCGGACGAGCUGCGAUUGCUGGUGGAAAGCAUAGCCCGGACUCUACGCGAGAAGGAGUUGAAUAUCAGUAGUGGGAAUGGGAAUACUGCUUGUCAAGUGAAAACAACAGGUAACGGGGCCGCGGACGGAGCCGAGAGAGACGCUGAGGGGUUUGAAGAGGAACCCCUUGACAUGUUCUCCUGUCACCUGUGCCGGUGUCUGCUGCACGAGCCCGCCACCCUGGACUGCGGCCACACUUUCUGUAGACUUUGCCUGGUGGACGUGAAAGACUGCAUACAUUGCAAGCGUAAACUGGAUAAAAACGACGCCGAUGGGGGUCAGAGGAUCAACGUGGUUCUCAGUGGCCUGCUGGAGAAGUGGUUCGAGGCGGAGAGUGGGGCCAGGAAACACUGGGUAGAGGCGCAGGGUUUGUGGAAGAAACUCAAGUACACGGACGCACUUCAUCACUUCAACGAAGCAGUCGCGCUUGCACCCUCCUUAGGCAGUCUGCGGAUGCAGCGGGCGAAGUUGCACAUGGAGAUGAGCAACUAUAGCCUGGCUGUCCAGGACUCCACCAGCCUUUGCCGGAGCAAACCGCUCUCACCCAAGGCUCACCACCUGAUGGCUUCAGCCCUCACUAAGGCGGGUCGUAAGGAUGAGGCGUUGCAGGAGUACUUCCUGUGUGUCGCGCUCAAACCCAAUUGUACCAAAAUCAAGCUGGAGGCGCAGACGGUGCUGAGCGAACUCUUCUCCUCUGUGUUCGAGAGGGAUGAUCGGCCCACCCCCCUCCACCCACUGCAGGGGGGGGGCACCUCACGCCUAAUCAAACCCCCUGCCCUCUUCAGCUCCCUCAACACUUUCACCCCCAGACUCGGCUGGUCUUCUACGGAGUCAGAGCUCAGCGCGUCGAAGGCUCCUCCAGCCGGCAACACCUCCCCCAGCCCCCUUUCUCUCUCUCCCGGAGGAGACGCCCCUGGGGGAGGAGGCAGAGGAGGGGAUGGGAAGGAGGGCAGCAGUAAGAGCCUGCUAAGUGUCCUGGCAGCCCUACCAGCACCUCCUGGUGGCCUGAAAAGGAGGUACAGUGGAGAGGGAACUUCAAUCUCCUUCUGCCCACGCUCCAAGAUCUCUAGAGCAGAAGCGGGGUGCAGCUCACAGAGCCCGACAGCCGGGAAGAACUGCGGGAGAACGGUUCCAAGCGAGCUGCUAGACAGUGUUGACAUGGAGUGUUCUCUCUGCAUGAGGCUGUUCUAUGAGCCGGUGGCGACGCCCUGCGGCCACACCUUCUGUCUGAAGUGUCUCGAGCGCUGCCUGGACCACAACCCCAACUGUCCGCUCUGUAAGGAGAACCUGGCCGAGUAUCUGGCGACUCGGGGGUACAACAAGACCCUGCUCAUGGAGGAAGUGCUACAGCGUUACCUUGGAGACGAGCUGGGAGAGAGGAAGAAGAUCCACGAGGAGGAAAUUAAGGAACUUUCAAAUCUGAACCAGGAGGUGCCCAUCUUCGUGUGCACCAUGGCCUUCCCCACCAUCCCCUGUCCGCUGCACGUGUUCGAGCCACGCUACCGCCUCAUGAUCCGCCGCUCCAUGGAGACCGGCACCAAGCAGUUUGGCAUGUGCAUCGCCGACGACCUCAAGGGGUUCGCCGACUACGGCUGUAUGCUUGAGGUGCGUGACGUGAAGUUCUUUCCCGACGGUCGUUCGGUGGUGGACACCAUCGGUGUGUCGCGGUUCAAGGUGCUGAGCCACGGCCAACGAGACGGCUAUAACACAGCGAAGAUAGAGUACCUGGAGGACAAGAAGGAGGAGGGGGAGGAGCUGCUGGAGCUGCUGAAGCUGCAUGACUCUGUGUAUGAGCAGGCUAACAGCUGGUUCACCUCCCUCCGAGACGCCAUGAAGAACCAAAUCGUCAGCCACUUCGGACACCUGCCCACCAAGGACCCCGAGCCCCAGGCUUUACCCAGUGGCCCCGCCUGGUACUGGUGGCUCCUGGCGGUUCUCCCCCUGGAGAGCCGGGCUCAGCUCACCAUCUUGGCUAUGACCUCCCUCAAGGACCGGCUGGUUGCCAUUCGCCGGGUCCUUAUUUUCGUCACGAGGAAGAAGCCCCGGUGAGGGCCUGGAGGAUGUCUGGACCUUAGCCCCCAGGAAGCCCCUUCCUCUCCUGACCUCUCUGGCCCCUGGGGGCCCUCAAUCUGCCCCAAGAGAUUUGCCUUCUGACCGCGUACUGCAGCAUCAGAACAUGUAUGAAUGUUUCUGAACUCUGAGGUACUCCAGUCAGCGCCUGAAGAACCAUGACGUAAAGUGUUUGGUUUUUCCCUGUCAUCUGCUACUCCUCCGUCCAUCUCUGUCUCUGAUCUGAUCUGUUGCUUAUCUAGCUUGAUCAUCUCAGCCCUGGCCCUUUGAGGAGCCGUGUUUUGUCAACAUCACUGCCAGUUUAGGUCUGUAUUUAGGAAAGAAAAAUGACCGUUAGCUGAUGGUGAUUCCAUCACAUGAUUUGGCAGAAGCAACGUAGUGGUUGGCUAAACUAAAGGGGACCGACUAUAGCGGCCUGUGGUGCUCCACACCCCGACAAAUGAGGUGUGCCCAAACCUUUGACUCAGCAAAAGUUUGGUUUGAAGUGUUUGAGUCAUACAAUAUACUCAAAAGGUUAAGGAAAAUAAAAACAUACCCUAUACCUAUCUACCUCUAAAAUAUACAAUCUGAUGUACAACCAAUUUGAGAAUUUCCAGAUUGAAUGUAUUAGUUUAUGCUUUCAACGACCGAGAGGGUAGGAAAGCACUAAAACCUAAUUAGAGUCCCAAUACAGGACAGAAUUAAAUAAGGCACUGUUUGGUUUUCUCAUGGCAAAUUUGUUUUUUAGAUUUUUAGGAAGAUUGUUAGGUUGCGCUGGAGAUGACUGACGGAAAUGUCAGAGGUCUGAGGAUUGGACUGCUUCACAUCUCUUUGUCUUACUCUGUGAGUGUCUCUCGUGUUGUCCUGUUAUGAAUCGCUGUCCGUCAAUGUAUAUCGGAGGCCAUUGUGAAGUUUUAUCUAGGGAUGUACUUUCACUCGUUUUUUCUCCGUCUCUACAUCAGUCAGUCCCUCUAUCUCGGUCUCUGCUCGGUCUCUACUUCUUUCUCUCUGUCUCUGUCCCUCUGUCUCCACCUCUGUCUGUCUCUGCUCUGUCCCUGCCCAUUUAGGUGUUAACGAUGGCUGUUGUGAGCACUCUGGGGUGGGGUUAACAUGCGUUCCCCCUGUAUAUUUGUAAAGGGAGAUGUUGUACUUCAUUUUUUUAAUUGCAUAUUAAAUAAAACUCAUUUACACUUGG